CUAAGCUGCCUGGUGCACCAGGUUGUAGCCAUAGCGUUGUUCGGUUGCGAGGGUGGGGUCUCGUUGGAUGAGGUGCCGAAACAUCGACAUGAGCCGCCGCAGAUACUCGGAGGGAGGCGGACGCAUGGCAUAGGGCAGCUCCAUCCGCAUGCGUGGGCCUCGUGGGCGCAGGUCGAUGUCGUGACGAAGCAUCAGCAGCUCGAAGGCCGUCUGAUUGCCGGAUGCAAUCGCCAACCCAAUGGGCGUCCAGAGACUCCCAUCGGCCUCCAAAUUGAGGUCGGCGCCUCCGUCGAGGAGUGCGGUCAGGACGGCCGACUGCAGCUCGUCAGACGACCCCUGUGGCAGGGCGACGAAACGGAGGACAGCAUGACUGUCUUCUGCUUGGAUGGUCGGGACGGCAUAAUCCGACUUGUCGUCAAUGGCGAGCUGGACCAGCGAGUAGGGAAAGCCAGCCCACUCGCUGCUCUUCUGCCGCAGUCGAGGCACCACAUUCGGGUCGGCGCCCUGCCCGAUGAGGUCGGUCACUUGCUGGGGGCUGGUGAUGGUACGGCCGAUGAUGCCCAGUGUCAGCUGCUUGGUGGGGUCGUCCGUGUCGUGGGGGAAUCGAGCCUCGAUGUCAUCGGGUCCCAAACAUCCUAAGUCGUCUGGCACCUCAACCGUGGUGGCCGCCACCACAGGAUGGCCUGCAACACACACACACAGCCACCACACGGCACACACAGAGAAGGAAUGUGUGUGCGGAUCACAUUCUUUCGCCUCUGUCUGUCUGUCUGUCUGUCUGGCGCACCGUCCUCCUCAUUGUCGUCGUCGUCGUCAUCGAAGCCGUCGCCCAGCGGCCCACCGUCGUCAUCACUGUCAUCCUGCACACCAUCCUGCCACAACAAAGAGAGAGAGUGAGAGUGAGAAACACUGCUGACGCUCGUCGCAUGGGGCGGCUGGCGCUGUCAAUGAGUGACUCACCGAUUCGGAUUCGCUAUCAGCUGCCGCCUGUAGACCUUCUCCCUCCUCCUCGGCCAUCUCGCCGUCCUCCUCAUGCGACAAAUCUGAAACGAAGACAUUCAAACACAUUCGUAACCAAAGCGAAAAUGAGUGUGCUACUGGUGUGUUGAUCAGUCUGUGUGGCGGGCUGUUGACUCACCACUGUCAGCGUCACUGUCGUCUUGCCCGUCUGGCUGCCCGCCGCCAUUGUUGUCCUCCUCAGCCACAUCGUCUGCACACACCAUCGAAGGCACACACACACACACGUGUGGCGCUGAUGCUGUGUGUUUGAUGUGUCACAUUCAUCUGUGUGUGGCGUACCCGCAUCGCCACCGUCACCGUCCGCCAUGGCAGCGGAGGCCAUGUGGCUGUCGUGACCGUCGGACAUCUCACUCAAACAGACACCAACAGCUGCACCGACCACACACACAGAGAGGCGACAAGAGAUGGGCAGACACCUGCUGGAUGUCUUGUGUCGUGUCUGUGCUCGCCCCACCUAGCUAUGAGUCAAAUGGUACAAAGGCACUCAAUCAGUCCGCCCCGUCACCAAGGCCGACCUGCAGAACACGACACACAACACACGAAGGCCGCACAUCACCUGACGACUAGUGGUGAACGAAUCGCCGUACCGUCGGAUGGCUCUCUCCUGCUAAGCGCCGCGAUGAUAAUUCCCCAGAGAAGGCCUCCAGCGAUGGGAAGGAGGCCCGUCCGUCCAAGAGAAAUGUCAGAGUGAUAGCCAAACGGAUGGGCGGAGGGAUGGACGUGACCUCAGUGAGUCCCUCCCUUCGUCAUCUUUCCUUCCCCUUCCUCCUCUCCC